UCGUAAUUUGCAAAGCUAUGGGAUUAGUUAAAUGCCCCCGUGGGACCUCCUCUUUUGGCAAUAUUGUCCUCUACCCGCAGGUAGAAGAAACGAGGUCGCCAAGGAAAAUCAUAGAUGCGGCAGAUCAAACAUGAUCGACUUGUCACGGCGAGUGGCGGGACCCGUGCUGUGAUUUCUUCUCGAUUUCCAACGCAUUCCAUCCUACGGCCCUAACUCCACUUACACUGCUACUACUAACUUUUGAGUCACUGAGUUUGGUCACUCAUGACGUCCACAGAGUCUUCAAUAGUGCUAAAUGAAGAUCGAGUUUUCUUCACGAGGGAUGUUGAUAGUUCGGAGCAGUUCUCAAACGCCUAUACUUCCAAAGAAUUUUUGAAGACACUUCUCGGCCGCCUCAAUAAAAGCGAUAACCAUGUCCAGGCUCUAGUCUUGAUUACCGAGGCGAUGACGAAAAUUGCUGAACCUAUGUCAGUCGAAGUGCAUGCUUGCGUUGGAGGAACUUCUAUAAAUGAGGAAAAGUUAGCGCUAGCAAAGGGAGCUCACAUUAUCGUUGGCACUCCAGGCCGCGUAAAGCACAUGAUCUUUCUAGGGUUUCUGGUACUCAAUGCCCUCGAUCUAUUUGUUAUGUACAAUUUCUGCCCAUUACUAAGCAAGGAUAUCAAAGAAGCAGUAUCUUCAAUAAUAAGUUCACUGCCUGAAGACAUUCAGAAAGGCAAAUGCGUUUGCACGAGCAAUAUGCCUCGUGCACAACGACUGCUGGAGCAGUAUUGUAAGGAAAUGUCCUUGUGCAACUUUCGUGAUGAAUCUAGUGAUUUACUGGAACGCGAUGUACCCACACCCGAGUCGGGUAUUGAUGAUGGCGUGGAAGCCAUGGAUUGCGAAGAUCCUUUGGAAGACGAACACGAUCAGGCGAAUUUAACAGCUCACACUCAUCACAUUUUAGCCGCUAUAAGGGGCGUGGAUGUAGACAAGGAAGCUGUGCAAGUGCUGGUCAUUGCUCCGAGAAAAGAGGAUGUCAAACAGAUUUUGGACGAACUGCAAAAAUCCCUCUCAAGCACGAAAAUCUUGGUACACGGUUGCUGUGAACAGACCAAACUGCGAGAUGAUGGCUAUGUACUGAGUAACGGUGUUCAUGUCCUUAUAGCAUCACCUCAACGAGCAUGUCAUCUAUUAAGACGCCAGUUCCUACAUACGGACAGCAUACAAGUUUUGGUAAUGGUAAAGGCGGAUGAGCUCUUCUGCACUGGUUUCAAAACUCUACUGCACGAUGUAAUCCAGUCUAUGCCUGAAAGUGUUCAGUGCGUCCUGCUAUCAGGAAAGGAACUAAUACAUGCGAGUGAAGCUGUUGACAACACUGUAUCCCCAUACGAAAAGCUUGCCCCAAGUGAACCGCGUGAACCUGUGAUGAACCGAAGACGACACAUAUGUAUUGAAGUACAAGAUGAUCAACAAAGUGAGCGAACUCGUGACUUUUGCAGAAAUAAUGUGGCCGCAAAGAAGACUCAGUUUGAAGUACUUUGUGAUUUGUAUGAGAAGUUGGAGUACGAAAAGACAGUGAUCAUAUGUAAAUGGCCGAAAAAGGCUAUAUGGAUCCAGGAGCACUUAGCGGCUCGAGGCUACCACAUAGUUUGCCUUGUUGGUAUGAAGACGAAGAAAUUUAGAGAGGAGAUGCAGAAGUUUGAGUCGUCCUCGUCAGGAGUGGUUUUGAUAACGGAGACCUCGGCUAACCUAUUCAAAGAAAAAGAGAUCUCCGUCAUUGUAAACUAUGAAAUGCCAAGAAAAGCGAAAGGAUAUGUGGGCCGCGUGGCACCAAUGGAUCUCGAGAGAGAAAGAACUGUAGUCAAUCUGGUAAAAAAUAAUCGAGAAGCAAACUUGAUGGAAACAGUCCAGUCGCAGUAUGGUAUCAGUAUCGAGCAUUUUAUAAAUCCACACUGUAUAAAGUUCUAAGUGAUCAUCAAGUGCACAUUAUUUUGAGCAUGUGUCAUGUUCUCUGUAAAUGUAUAGUUUUAUCCUCUGCUUGAUAAAUAUGUG